GUUCUCUGAAUAUAUAUAUCUUGGCUCCCGCAGUUGGAUCCAGUGAAUAUGGAUGGAGAGACAUCCCUUCGCCUCGUGAAUAUAUCGGGGGAGGUCGACCAUGGCUCCUAUGACAUCGAGGUUAUGGCCGGAACGGCUGUGGAAAUGACCUCACUAUCUCUGUUUGUUCUUGAGGAACCACGCUUCGUCGACACUCCCCCUCCAAGGCUAACGGUUCCCCUCGGUUCACAAGUUACCUUCGGCUUCCUUGUUCGCGGAUAUCCCCCACCCGAAGCCAGACUUAUCUGCCGGAGAUGUCCAAAAGGAGACUGCUUGGAAGAAGACUUUGAGGAUACAGACAACGUGAUACACGAGACCCUGCGUGGCUCCAGAAACUGGCUUCAGACCAAUGUCACGUACAGUGGCGGGGAGUCGAGGCUGUUUCGGUACGAGACUUGGAACUACCACGGCUCUGCGAACGUAUCUGUAGAAGUUGUGGUUUCAGAUAUCAGCGAACCCUUCGUAUUUGAGUACAGCACGGGAACAAUAAUAAUCAAUGUGACUGAUACAGCUGUCCGUCUAACGGAAAAUGAUUAUCUGAACGUCACUUGCGCCGUUUCUAAUUUCGAUUACGACAACCUAACCCUACAGUUUUUUGGAAAAAAGGAGGUCGACUCGCAUGAAGAACCGCCGAGAUCCAAGGACGCCUCCACACCACACUCUCUCAAGGCGGUGUUUGUAAGUCAUGGCGUGAGUCGCACCUUGGAGGGAGAAUUUGAGUGUGUUCUGCACGGGAAGAGCGGAAAUACAGAAGUCCGCAAACUGAGGCUUGUAGUUGUGGGGUACAAUUGGCAACCAAUUCUCCUUCUUUCACUUCCUCUGUUGCUGUUAAUCAUUGUGGCGAUUGUUCUUGGGCGCCGCGUCUGGAGAGACUGGCGUACCAAGAAGGAGCUCAGGGACAACGUGGCUUUCCUGUUCAGGAAGGGAAAGUUGAACGAACUGAACUCCGACUGCACGGCGGACGAGCAGGCGGAGCUGCUUCCCUACGACUGCAAGUGGGAGAUUUCGAGGAAGGACAUCCAUUUGGGAAGACAACUGGGAUCGGGUGCUUUUGGGCGUGUGGUGAAGGCUGUAGUAACGGGCGCUGCGGCCGAAAACCAUGGGAUCAAAGACGAGGCCGGGCUGGCUACGACUUCACCUUCGUCCUCCUUGGUAGUCGCUGUGAAGAUGUGCAAGAGCCAACAAGAUGCCUCGCACGUCCGCGCCCUCACCAUGGAGCUCAAAAUCAUGGCUCACUUGGGCAAACAUCUUAAUCUUGUGAACUUAAUUGGCUCCAAUACUUCGCGUAUCGGCAGCGGAGAGCUGUGGAUCCUGGUCGAGUACUGUCGAUACGGAAGUCUCUUGUCCUACCUGCAUCGGCAUCGCAAUGUAUUCAUCAAUCAGAUCGACCCUGGGAAUGGUUCAAUUGACCCCACGAUUUGCGACAAGACUUUCAGCUUCCCUAUGUUCCUAAGGAGUGAUAGCUCCCCAGCUCAUGAGUUUAUCUACUGCUGGGUAGUGGUUUAUAUCCUUAUAUCUAUUUUAUGUGCUGAUAUGCAUUUCCGCGUAACUAUAGUCAUUAUAUUUGCAACCAAUAAAUCCAAGGGAGUGACAGAAGCACCGAGGCCACAUUGGGUCAGCUCACCAGAGAAACGCGGGUCGCUGGUCGGGAGAAAUGUUUCUCGGUUCGACGAAUCACCGUCGCUCUCAAGAGAUCAAUUUUUCAUCCGACCCCAUUUGAUCCCCCGCGACCCGUUGUCUCGCAUCGACUCCCCCGGCCAACAAAUGAUGUACGACAAAAAGCGGAAUUCCCGGGGAGAGUUCGCCCUUUACCACCUCAAGUUUUUGUGUGCUGGGCGUGGAGGCGGCGCAGGGAAAGGGCUACCUCGUUCCAGGAGGGUAGUGCACCGAGACCUUGCCGCAAGGAACUUGCUGCUCGCAGACAACAAUGUUGUUAAAAUUGGCGACUUUGGGAUGUCGAGGGAUAUCUAUAAGACGGAGGCCUAUGUGAAGGAGAGUGAUGACCUGGUGCCCAUCAAGUGGAUGUCCCUGGAGGCCAUACGCGACCGUUUCUUUACUGUACAGAGCGACGUAUGGGCCUUUGGAGUGACUCUAUGGGAGCUUUUCAGCCUAGGAUCGGUUCCAUAUGCGGGCAUACAAAUCGGGCCAGACUUCCUAAACCUGGAAGCAGGACUCAGGAUGGAGGAACCCAAAUAUGGGAAUGAUGACCUGUAUGUUCUUGAGUUGAUCCUAAUUGUAUGUACAGUCAAAGGAUAAACUGCUUGCAUGCAUUCUCCUAGAAUGUUGCUUAGAAUG